AUGUCGUACUAUAACAGGUAUCGCGGCGAUCAAAGCCGCCCACAGAGGCCCCAAAACGGUGCUUCCAGCGAACCUGAUGCGAUCUUUGAAUUGGGCAAGAACAAGCGGGUCACCGUGCGCCAAUUCCGCAACAUAAACCUUGUCGACAUAAGGGAAUACUACGCAGACUCGGCUUCUGGUGAGAUGAAGCCAUCCAAGAAGGGCAUAUCACUUACGGAAGAAGUGUACGAUGAAUUACUGAAACACAGACAGAACAUUGACGACGCAUUGCGUCGACUAGGCUCCAAACGACCACGCACUAAGACCGUUAACGUACUGUCAGAUGAUGACUUCGACGGUACUCGCGACAAUUCAUGGACUAAACAACCAACAGACGAGUUAGAUACAACACAAGGCAACCAACAGCAAUCAGAAAGACCUCCCAAGCGCCAGAAGAAGCAGAAAAAGGCUCCUGCUCCGCCGCAAUCGAAGCCCGAAGAUAGAAAAAGGAAGCUAAGUGAACAAGAAUCAAAAGCAGAGCUGGUGGUGCCCGGAUCGGCCCCAAAUAAUAAUCCCAGACUCGAUGACCAUUUGCCUAAACUCGCAUCUUCCAAAGACGAUAACGAAUCAGAUUUGAACUCGAGUGACGAAGAUUUCGCCCUGGCUUUGGAGUCAGAAGUUAAGCAUGUAGACGACGGCGCAAUUAGCGAAGAGUGCUAG